GCGAGAUCUCAUCGCUACGAGUCGCGGGGAAUCUUGGCUCGAUUGACCGGACCGGACCGGACCGGUCCGGUUCGUCUAGAAAUCAAUCGCCUAUUUCUCGUUUCUUCAUCGUUACAUCCCAGCGAGACGGAGACGGAGACGGAGACGGCGAGACGGAGGCGGCGAUAAUGGGUUCACCGGUGGUGUAGAUGGGAUCAGAGUUAGAGCUGUACGCUAUGCGGCCUGUCGCUGUCGGGUUCGUGAAGAAGGCGGUGACGGAGAGCAAGGAGAGAAGGCGGCAGGUGUCGCGGCUGGAGGAGUCCAUCAAGAGUUUGGAGGAGGAGAAGCGCAAGAUCGAAGCUUUCAAGCGCGAGCUCCCUCUCUGCAUGCGUCUCGUCUGCGAGGGCGUGAUCGAGGAGUUGAAGAGGGAGAUCGAUCGGUUCCGCGCCGAGGGUUUCGGGCGUGUGUUCCUGGAAUUCAUGCCGAUUAAGGGCAAAAUCAACGAGAGUAGCUCGGAUUUCAGAGAUAAGAAGAACUGGACGAGCUCGUUCCAACUCUUGAUCUGCGAGGAAAGUAAAGAUUCCAAAAACAUGAUAAGAUGAACUUUAAAGAGAAAUCAGUAUGUGAUUCUCGGAACGGCGGAGACGCGUCCCUGCCGGUAUUGGAACUAUACAGCUCCAAGGCGGAAGAUGAGUUUGCCGCUGUGUUGUCUGACCUCUCUGUACGCUCUACCGCGAUCACUCAUGGCUUUGUGACUCCGGCCAUCAAUAACCAUCCAGUUAGUUGCCGUAAGUGUACUAAAGAAUCCCUGGAAGCAUCUCUGGUGGCGGCGCCUGGCACACACUGUGGCUUGAAUUCGCAACAGAAGCAGCCUAGGAAGAUGAGGAGGUGCUGGUCUCAGGAUCUGCAUCGGCGGUUUGUGCUGCUCCGUGGUGCUCAUGGUGUGGAUUCAUGACCGUUCUCUUAUAGUAAUUUACUUGGCCCUAUAAAUGGGUUAACAGGACGGGGUUUGUGUCUAUUAAAUCGGUUUGUGUCCCAUUACAAGGAGGGCUAAGACACAUGUGUGGAGCCUUUUGAUCCGAUUGUGCUUCAUAAUUGUUCUUAUAGUAAUUUACUUGACCUUAUAAAUUGGUUAACGGAACGGGGUUUAUAUUGUCAUGGGUAUUUUUUUUUUAAAAAAAAUAUCAAAUAUAUUAUUUUAUCAAAAUAUAUUACCUAUUUUUUUUUUGUUUUGGAUGCUUUUACCAUUACAUCAUAUUGUACCUCAUAGACCCAUUUUUUAUUUUGGAUGUUUUUACUAUUAAAUCGAAUUGUAUCCCAUUGUAGGUGUGGAUUCAUGAUCGGUCUCUUAUAGUAAUUUACAUGACCCUAUAAAUGGGUUAAUAGGACGAGGUUUAUAUUCUCAUGAGCAAUUUUUUUUGAAAAAUAUCAAAUAAAUUAUUUAUCAAAAUAUAUUACCUAUUUUUUUUGUUUUGGAUGCUUUUGCCAUUACAUGAUUGUAUCUCAUUGCAGGUGAGACACAUGUGGAGCCUUUUGAUUCGAUUGUGGAUUCAUAAUCGUUCUCUUAUAGUAAUUUGCUUGAUCCUAUAAAUGGGUUAACAGGAUGAAGUUUAUAUUUCCAUGGGCAAUUUUUUUGAAAAAAAUAUUAAAUAAACUAUUUUAUCAAAAUAUAUUAUCUUUUUUUGCUUUAGAUACUUUCAUUAUUAAAUCAGAUUGUAUCCCAUUACAGGUGUGGAUUCACUAUUUUCUUAUAAUAGUUUACUUGGCACUACAAAUGGGUUAAUAGGACGGGGUUUAUAUUCCAUUGUGGAUUCAUGGUCAUUCUUAUAGUAAUUUACUUGGCCCUAUAAAUGGGUUAACAUGACGGGACUUAUAUUCUUAUGGGUAUUUUUUUUGGAAAAAAAAUCAAAUAAACUAUUUUAUCAAAAUAUAUUACCCAUUUUUUGAUUUGAAUGCUUUUACCAUUUAAUCAAAUUGUAUCCCAUUACAAGUGGGGAUUCAUGAUCGUUUUUUUAUAGUAAGUUACUUGGCCCUAUAAAUGGGUUAAUAUGACAGAGUUUAUAUUCUCAUGGGCAAUUUUUUUUUAAAAAAAAAAAAUCAAAUAAACUAUUUUAUCAAAAUAUAUUACCUAUUUUUUGUUUUGGAUGCUUUUGCCAUUAAAUCUGAUUGUAUCCCAUUGUAGGUGUAGAUUUAUGACUGUUCUCUUAUAUUACUUAUUUAUGGUUUCCGUAACGUUGCAGAGUUGCAGACCUGGUCUGUCCCACUGCAGACCUGGUCUUCCUUUCUGCAGACCUGCUCAAACAGACUUGGUCAUACUGCUCUGCAGACUUAGUCUUCCGCUCUGGUCUGCCGCUCUGCAGACCUGUUCUUUCGCUCUACAGACUUAGUCUUCUGCUAUGGUCUGUGGCUCUGCAGACCUGCUCUACCGCUCUGCAGACCUGUCCUGUCGCUCAGCUCUGCUGUGUUACAGAAAUCAGUCCUUGCUGUUAGUCUGAGAUUAUCUGCUCAGAUCAUUUCGACUGUAAAUUGAAUUUAAAUCCUGUGUAAGUUUUAAAUUCAACUAAAUACCCAUAAAUCUCCUGUGUAAGUUUUAAAUUCAACUAAAUACCCAUAAAUCCCCGACAUUAGAUUGUUUGUGUCUAAUAGACAUGAUGCGAGACUUAUUGUAAUAAUUAGUCAAUAUGCAGCCUUCACUUGUAAUAAUUAGUCAAUAUGCAGCCUUCACUCUCCCAACACAGUAACAGUGUAUCAAAGGAACUGCCACAUGAACUGCUGGGAAUUCCAGAGAAUGGGAAUUACAUUAGAAGCAUUCAGAAUGAAUUAAAUAGCAAUGUGACAUUGAUGCCAUCAGGGAAUGCAGAAACUGCAACCAAGGGCGAGCAUGCCACUUCUGAACAGCAAGCAAUGGAGCAUCCUCACAAGCAAAUUUAACUCAUCAGAUCAUUGGAAAUGCAAACGAAGAUGAGGAGAAUACUGAGCCUGUAGCCAACUUAUAAACCAAGCUGAAGAUAUAUCAGGGAACAACCAAUCUACAAGGAACACCGAAUUGGAAGAUGAAAGUGAACAAGACAAUCAACUUAAUGCAAUCAGAAUCAGACUCUAGCAAAAAUGGUGGAUGCUCAGCAGAUAGAAGCAACAUUGGCACUGGGAAUGGGGCAGAUCAAGAGCAACAGUGGAAGUGCAAACUCGGGCUAGAGCUGUAAAAAGACAGCUACCUGCAAGUCAAGCACACAUCAGUGUACCAGGGCAAAUGCUUCAACUGGUUUCAGCACUACCAACAGUUAGUUAUCACCAAUUCUUGCAUGAUCCGGGAGCAGAUGACAUUGAGUUGGACUCUACAGUCAAGCAGGGAGCUAACAAAGGUAAUCUAGAGAAGUCACAAGCCAGUAAACAGCAAGUUAUCAACAACCACCAAACCCCUCUCAGCCUAAGAACAAAAGGAGCCACUGGUCAGAGGAAAAAUAGGUUUUUGGCAACCAAACAGAGAGGGGCAGCAGAAGACAAAUCCGGCCUCUCCCUGCCCAGCAGUGUGGACGGUAUGGAUGAUAGAGUUCAGACUAGAAAUCAAGUGGCAAGGUGGCCAAGGCCGUCUAUCUCCACAUGAAGCUAGCCUCAUGGAAUGUGAGGGGCUUUAACCAAGCCCCCAAAGAACGAAGUACAGAGCUUCUUUCUGAAACACAGAAUCACAGUGAUGGGUAUUUUGGAAACUAAAUUGACAGAGAAAGUCUUUCAAGGAAAGAAAUUCAAAUGGUUCAAGCACUUGGAACUGAAACAUCACAUGAAGGAGGACUCUUCUAUAAGUAGAAUGCUGGUUAUUUGGGACCCCCGGAAGGUUAAUUUUGACAUAGAGGAACUGCAUGAGCAAUACAUUCAUGGUAGUCUAUUUUGCAAAAUGAAACAGAAAACUUUCCUCAUUACAUUCAUUUAUGGGCUGCUCAACAUCAGAAAUCGGAGAACCCUAUGGGAGGGUCUCAAUGAGAUUGGUACAGAUCGAAAACACCUUGGAUCUUACUUGGAGACUUUAAUGCACUUCUUUCAGUGGCUGAUAAACAAGGAGGCAUUCUGAUUAUACCUUACCAAGUUGCAGAUUUUCAGGACUUUGUCAUGCAAAAUGUGCUAGAGGACCUUUCACAGGAGGUGUCUUGUAAGUAAAUUGGAUAGAUGUAUGGAAUAGAUCUAUAGAAUACUUUUCCUUGGACUA